UUACAAUUAUAAUUUCAAAGUGGCAUUCGUAUAAUACAAAUGAUUUUUAAAUAUUAAUAAGAUUUUAUAAAUCUUAAAAAUAAUAAUACAUCUUAAAUCUUAAAAAUUAUGUAUCUAUUGAGAAACAAAUUGUACAUUGACAAGUUAUGAUAACGGUGUUUAUAAAUAAUAAAAAUGAUAUGAAAUAUUGAUAUGUUUUUAAUAAUAUUUAAUUACCGUGAAAAUAACACUAUUGAAAACGAAAAUCCUAAAUAUUAUUAAAUAAAAAUACGUGAAAAUGUGUGAUCUUAUAGAUUUAAAUAGCCCUGAUAUAAAGGGUUCAUUAAGUUCAAGACUUGCAUCACCUUUAAUACCAGUUCCUACGGAUAUAUGCAAGAAUUUUAAUACUCGAAAAAAUGAACAAAAUUCUCUAAUAAUAGGAAAACGUGAUAGUUUAGAAAACAAUCCUUUUGAUAUGGUAUUACAUAAAACUACAGAAUAUAUUCAAAAAAAAGAUGACCCUUUUGAAAUGACUUUAGAAAAAGCAAUGAAAUUAAAAUGCAAACAGAAGUCUUCAUUAAGAUCAUCUUCUCUAGAUUUACCAGAUAAUUCAAUUGUUAAACAAAAAAUAUAUACACAAAAAUUAAAAAUGAACCAAACAGCAGAUGAACUAUCAAUCAAUAAAUUAAGUACAAAUAAUAUAAUUACUAAUAAAGUAUCUAAUGAAAAUAUAAUUGUUAAUGUAAGUAAUGCUAAUAUGUUAUGUAAUAAUUCAAAAUCAGAUGUACCUAUUAUUGAGAUUCAAGAUAAUGACUUAUCUAUUUUAAAUCAAUCUGAAAUGAAUGAUAUAUUAUUUGAAACAGAUAAUAAAUCAAAUAAAAAUCAAAUAAAAUCUAUUUUACAAAAUAAAAUGUCAUUACAUGUGCAGAAAGAUAAAAUAAAUAUGGAACAAAUUCCAUUUUCUAAUGUAACUUUAAAAGUUCCAAAAUUUAGACGUUCUUUUUCACAAGGAGAAGCUAUAUCUCCAAAAGAAUCGCAAUAUCUACAUCAAGUAUCAUUAUUUGAAUCUUUAGGAAUUGAUUCAGAUAAUAAUAUUAAUAUAUAUUCUUCAAAUUCACUUGAUUUAUUGAAUGAAGGAUUUUUAAAAAGUUAUUCUAAUGAAAGUUCUAUUUCAAAUUUAUCAAAUAUUUCUUCUAUACCUAAAUUAAAUUCUGUUUCUUCAACAAUCAAUUCAUCAAUAAUGUUAUCAAAUGGAACUAUGAAUCGUACAUUUUUAGAAAGCUGUUCAUCAGAAAAAUCACAAAAUACAAAAUUAAGUGAAAACAUGGAUUUAAAUAAAGAAGUAAAAUCUAUAUUUCCAACAGAAAAGGAUUUAAUGACAUCAAUAGCAAAUACAUCAAUAAAAACUUCAAUAUCUGAUUUAACAGAUCGAUUUAAUAAAUUAAAAGCAAAGGUAUCAGAAACUCAUAUUGAAAGUUGUAUGAAUAAUAAAGAUGAAUUUAAUUCUUCCAAUAUAAUGAAAGAAUGUAUAACUGUAAUGGAAAAAAAUGAAAAAUAUGAUACGAAUAAUAAAUUAAUAGAUGUUGAUGUAUUUACACCAGACAAUAAUAAAGAAUACUGUAAAAAUUCUAUUUCAGAUACAUCAUCGGAUUCUGUUUUUCUUGAAGAAAAUAAAAUUAAUAAAUCAAUACGUCAAGAAGCAAAACUUCUUGCAAGAACUUUUGAGGAAUUGGCUUUAAAAACCAGUUCAGGCUCAAGUAUGGAUGAUUUCAUUACAAACAAUUCUUUAUGGACAUUAGAGUUGUUACCAGCCUUUGAUGAUGAAACUUCUGUUGAAAAUUUGAUCGAAUUGCCGACAUCUCCUGAGGGAACAGAUACAAAAUCAAAAAAUGUAGAAAUUGCAGAGAAUAAAUGUAAUGAUUCAAAUAAAAAUAAAAAAAAUGAAUUUAGCGAUAAUGUGAAAGUAAAAGAUUUAGAAAUGGAACUUGUUGAACCAAUAUUAGUAGAAAAACGUUUUACUGCAGUAACGCUUUUAUUAGAACUUAAAAAAUUAAUUGAAACAGAAAAUAAUGUAGAAGCAAAUAAAUUAGUGAAAAAUUUGGAGAAAGCUUUAGGCAUUAAUUGUGAGAAUAAUACUGAAUUAUUGACUACUUAUCUUAAUGCAACUAAUAAUUUAGCAAAAAGUCCAGAAAAAUCAAAUAACAAUUUGAAUAUGAUAAAAAAUGUAGCAGAACAUAGUAUGGAACACAGUCAAGAAAAUAAUUUAACUAGUAAUUCUAUGGAAAAUAUUAAGGAACCAGAAUUUUUUGAAAAAACAAGCUUUAAUGCAAGUAAAUGUAUUGAUAAUCAAAAAUAUUUAAAUAAUGUAAAUUAUAAAUCAAAAUGUGAAACUCCAGAAACAGAAAUAUAUAUUGAAAAGAUAAAGAAAGAAAAAGAUGAAAAUGAAAUUAUUUCCCAUAAUAAUGAAGAUUCUUACAAACAAGAAAAUAAUUUAAUAAAUGAAAAGAUGGUAAUUGAACUUCUUGCAAAUAUAGGAAAAUUAUUAUGUGAACAGACUGAUGAACAUCCAACUUUGAAUGUACUUAAAAAUUUAGGAAAAGUAUUAAAUUUUACUUCCAAUAAUUGUAAUGUUGAUAAGAAUACAAAAAGUAACAAUGCUUAUAUAGAAAUUCAACAAACUCCAAAGAAAUCAAAAUUAAAAUUUGAAAAUGAAUCUCGAUCGUUAUACUCAAAUUCUACUAACAGAUUAAGUUUAAGUUUAGAAUCAAAGAAGAUAUCAAAUAAUAAAAAUUUUAUUAGGAGAAGUGUAUCUGUAUCUCAAACACCGCCAUUUAAAAAUGAAUCUAAUUUAUCAAUGUUUAAUAGUAAAAGUACAUCUCAAUUAAAAGAAAUAACAAAACGAUUUUCUAGUGAUCCUAAUUUUACUAAAUUAGAAUCAAAUAAAGAAAUUAUUACAAAUAAUGAUAAAAACAUAUUACAAAAAGAUUUACAGAGAGAAAAAUCUUCUACAAUAAGUACUGUUAGAAAUAAAUUUAAGAAAAAAAUUAAUACUAAUAUUAUAAACAAAAAGGGUCCAAUGAAAGCUAUUCUUCCUAUAGGAAAUAUGCAAAAAAGAGAAACUAUUAAUAAAAAAUUAACUUCAUCUAUUGGAACUACAACACCACCUCAGUCUCAUAAAAUAAUUAGUAGUACUCCUAAUUCCACAAAUAAUGAACUUUUAGCAAAAAAAUCACGAUCUGCGAAACCAGUUGCUUCGUCAACUCCAGAUGCUCAAAAUUCUAAAAUACAAAAAGCACAAUCACAAAUAAUUAAUAGUCCUAAAAAACGUAACUUUUCCUGUGAUAUUUCACCUGUAACUACACGCAUAAAUAUUAGUAAUUGCAAUGGAAUGAGUAAUAAUUUACAAAGAAAUACUAAAUUACCAUCUCCAAAGAAAACAACACCUAAACGCCGAACAACAGAAUCUGGUAUUCCAAAAAUACAGACUCCACCUAUAAACAAAAGUUUAAAUUCUUCGUUUGAAGUUAAUCAAUAUGAACGUUUAUAUGAAUCUCCGAAACGUUCAAUAUAUAAACAAUCAAAUUCGCAAAAAAAUUCGCCAAUUUCUUUUAAAAAUAACGGAAAUAAUAUACAACGAAGUCCAUUAAGAGAUAAUAAUAAAAUUGUUCAGAAAGUAAAACCGAUAAAUUUGAUUUCGAAACUUCGGCGCUAUAGUAAUUCAAAUAUAAUGGACAAAGAAAACAGUUACGUUUAAUUUAUAAAAAGUUCUAUUAUAAUUAAUACUUGUGUUAUUAAACGUUCGUAACAUUUAUUACAAUAUGUGAACUUUUUACAUUUAUGUUUUGCAAUAAAAUAUUUGGAA